AUGCUUACCAUCCUGUGGAUACUGCUCAGCUUUGCUCUCCCGGUGUUGGGGCUCCACCUGCCUGUCACAUGUCCCCAGGACAAGGAAUGUCAACUGGCCCUUCUCUCCAACAAUGAUGUGCUCUUGGAAUGCAACGUCUCCAAGGCACGCUGGUUCUUCUUCGGGCUGGACAUAGAUGACAAACCCGUUAGUGUCUCCGGUAUUUCCAGUGAUCCAGAGAGUCACCUCCUGAUCCAAAACCCAUCACCCUUCAGCACAGGCCUCUACGAAUGCCAGGACGAGAAUGGGACCCGAGUGACGGGGUAUAAGAUUGAUUUCCAGGAUGUCACCAGACUGCACGUCACGCACCUAGACCUGAAUCAGGAGCCCCUGAUAAAUGACACACUGAACCUGGGCCACGGAGAGAUACUGUACACCCGGUGGGAACCUUGGCAGGAAUGCAACAACUGUCAAAACCAGGGCGAGCUUAAACGCCUGGGGGAGCGCAAACGCCUGGGUUACUGCUAUGUUAAGGAGCCCUUGGAGGAGCCUGUACCCUGUGGGAUCUACUUGGGAGAAACAAAGGCACUUUAUGACCGAGUAAGGCCGGAGAUGCAGGUGAAGGUCUGCUAUGAGAUGUGCCAACGUCAUAUGUUUGGUGGAGACUAUGUCAUCUUCGAUAGCUUCAGGCUCACGGAGGAGUCAGAAUCCACACUGAUCUUCUGUCCCUUUGCAUCCAUCUACAGGCCUGUUCACUGGGAAGCCAACGACACUGCUCUGACCUGGCAGGACCAGCUUUCUGGUAAGGUCACGGGCAGCUUAAUGGACCCCUUCAGCGGUGGCCAGCAGCUGCAGAUCUUCCAGCCGGCCAUUUACAGAUGUUUCGUGGAACAGGAGCUGAUAGCCCAAUUCAGCCCCGCAGCCUCUGUGGAACUGCUGGAGGCUGAGAGACAAACCAAAGGCCAGGGGCGUUGGCAGCACAGGGCCCAGCUAGGCAAAGCGGACUCCGUCCUCAGGGGCCUGAAGUUGAUGCUGCUGAUGGUCUCUUUCCUGGUUGUGGGGGGGCUUCUCUGUAAGGUGGUCUUUCGUCCCACCCGGGGCAAGAAGAGGAAUCUGGUCCUCCUGGUGAAAUAA